UAAUUUAUAAUAGCUGGUAAUUUAUAUAGGCUUUGAGAUUAUGUAUAUUAUAUAAUAAUAUGCUUAUACAAACUACCAUUUUUUAUAUUUUGUUGGGUUAUUUAUAAGUUCUUUACUUGAAGCUCGGGAAAAGGCAAAAGAAUAAUCUGACUUAUCAGACUUUAAAUAAAAUAAUUUUGGAAAAAAACGUAAAGUGGAACAAAUUUCUAAUCAACGCCAUCCUAAUAAAAACCAAAUUCUAAAAAAGAGUUCACCUCCUGUACAUGUUUCACCAACUAUAUCAUCUCCAGAAAUAGAUGACACAGAUGAUGAUUCAACAUUUACAUUAAAACAUCAGGAAUCUAUUUUAAGCAGUCAUUCAUCAACUCGUAGCAAUAAUAAUACCAUGGAUGCAAUUGUACAAAAGUUUGGUGAACCUAUUCCUAAAAAUAUUGACGCAAUAAUAAUCUCGCAAAGUCAAGCUGAAAUACUACAAAGCUUUUACAAUAAUGAUAUUGAUGAUGAUAUAAUUGUAUCUUCACCCUUACUUACAAAUAAAAAAGUACUUUUGGAUGAAAACGAAGAAAGAAUUAAGAUUCAAACUUUAAUCAAAAUGAAUACUCAAAUUUCACAACUCUAUAGACAAGUUACAAAUAUGUCAUAUGACAUUCGUAGAGUUCUUGAAGCACUUGACAGAUGUGAAGAUAAAUUAAUUGAUUCAAGAAAUCCAAAUUUAACUAAUGAUAGUUUAUAUCAACAGUUUAAUCCAGAGGUUCUCAAAGUGUGGGGCGCGACCCUCGGGGGGGGGGGGGGGCAAGACAAUUUUAAAAAUCCUCGUUUCACCAAACUUGAAAAAAAACAAGCCCACCCAUCACAUUAAAA